AUGACGGCCCCCGCCCAUGUUGCUAUGUCUAUAAACGUUCCCCCAGAUCAAAAUACAGCUCCAGUCCUCGAAUUUCGUUGCCUCUAUACAGCCGAUACCCGUCGAAAACAGAAGCGAUGGCAAGACGGGCGACUCAAAUAUCACACUUUCAAUAGACGUGUUAUGGUAUUCGACGAAAGAUCGAAUUUGGUAGGAGAUGCACAUUGGCGCGAAAAGGCUCCACUUGACGAAGGGGCCGAGUUGGAGUUGGAAAGAAAUGGGAUAUUGGUCGAAGUGUCAGAAUUUAUAGAGAAGAAGGACCAAGAUCUUACCGAGCUCAUUGACAAAAGAGUCAAAGAAAGGGAGGAGAGAUUUAUUGCAAGAAAUGGAGACUCGUCACCAGCACGAUCCGCAGCAUCUGUCAUUCGGUCGCAAACUAUUGCUGCAGCCCAUCUAAAGCCGAAACCACUUAACUAUAUACUUGGCACACCUUCUGGUCAUUAUGGGAAAGCACUUGUGUCAAAAACGUCUCCAUUUGAACAACGGCAGAGCUUAAAUGCUAGAAACGCCGGCGAGGCAGAAAGUCCUAGGCCCACGAAAAGAAGAAAAGUGAAUGAGCCGCCACCCAAAAAUGGAUUUGCGCAAAACCUUAUGGGGGCUACUUUGUCAUUCACGCCGACGCCAUCGAGCACGGGGCCUAUACGAUAUGAGUCUUUAAAGCUGAAGACAGUCCCACGACCAGAUGUUAACGAUACCAAAGAAAAUGAGGGUCAUGAUGGGGACAUCUUGUCAAACGGAAGACAAAGUUUGGCAGGCCACAUCACUAUGGAUAUGAAUUUCUCUAAAAGUCGAAUACAAGCAAGAAAGAGAGAUAAGCCCGAGAAAAGUGGAUAUGCUAGCAACCUUACUGGAGCAUCUCUAUCGCUUUCGUCUUUUCGUGAAGCUAUGCCCAGAAACAUAGAGAGAAACGUAGUCAUGCAGAAGAAACAACCGAAAACAAUCGACUUGUCAAAGGAUACAAGCUCUGAUGAAGAUGACCACCCAGUUCCGGUAACAAGACCAAGGGAAGUUGCCCGGAAGAAGAAAAAACCUCUACCCAACAUAUCUGAGCAGACACCGCGAUUAUCAUCCCCGCCAUUAGCAAUUACACCAGUACCUAAAGAAGCAGCGAAAGUAUCGAGUACAAGGCAAAAGUCUCAGAACAAUCCUUCAUCACUGAACAAGCCACAGGAAAGAUCUCAUUCAUCUCUACGUAUCAAGUCUCGCCCACGCAAUAAGAUGUUGAUGUGUAUGGAUCGGCUCAGCUCCCAAUCUUCUCCAUUGGGGUUACAUGGAGCCAGCGGGUCAAUCAAGUUAGAUUCUGUGAUUCGUCCAGCGAUAGCAUCUUCUAGUAGCCAAUCUAUUCAAUUGACACCAGAACGAGAGGCCACCAGAUCUACCGAGCUAGGCGAUGUCUUGCCAAUAGUGAGAUCAUCUUCGCCUCGCAGGCCGUCAAUUGAUCAUGAUUUAGGUAACAAUUUGGUCAAUGAUGAUGGAAUUGAUGGACCGCACAUGUCUGGAUUUCCGGAAACUCUAAGAUUUAGUGAUCUCGAAGAGCCUCCGUCCUCUCCAGGAAACAUUGGUAUCAAUCAUCAAACAAUAGAUGCAAUUCUGUGUCGUAAUCGUACGCCAGAGGCUCAGAAAUUCAUGCCCAUAGUCGCGCCGGCUACGAGAGAAGAUCAAGAAUAUUCAGCAAUCAAACAACAAUGUCACUCGGAGAACAUUGAAGAGAGGUCCGGACAGUCUAGCUUAGAACAUCUUUCGACCUUGAACAAGCAGAUUCCUAAAGCGAUCGAACAGAAAACUCAAGAUCGUGAGCUUAUUUUACAAACAUCACCUGAGUAUCUGCCCGAGACGUCAAGAACUAUCCAGAAACAAUCCAAAAAUUCUACUGGCUUGCAUAAGGGCGCUGCUUCGGACCGAGCCUCAGCGACUGAAAAUGCCGAGACGCGUCAAGAAUCUAAUGUGCCACCUUUAAUUACGGAAAUUGACACGGCAGCAAUUUCUAAUUCUAUCUAUAAACCUAACCCCCCUCAUAAAGAUUCUCUUAUAAUACCACACCCUGCAGAAAGGAUAGCCUCUGCCUCAUACGACCUCCAUCAAAACGUCGCAGUUCCAAUAACUACAAUACAUCCCAAUUCCGAUAUUGCGAGCAAAACCAAUUCCAACGUCUUGGUACCAAACACAGUCGCAGUAUCACCAAUUGCUGCUGUUGCACCUAGUAUGCACUUGAAUGUUGUCGACUCAGAUAAGAUCUUGGUAGGCAUGACAUCUAACGGUUCUACUUUUAGUGCGACUGGCCGCUUCAUGGCGAAACUGGCGCCGACACGAAAUCAGCACCAAGUGGAGAGACCCCUGAUCAAGACGAGUUCCAGUCUGAUUGACCAGACUGCGGCUUUCCUCACAUUGGCACAGUCUCCCAAAAAUGUCGAAAUUAAGAAGUCAUCAACCUCAAUUCCAGAUAUUUUCUCCGUCGAAGAAACAAGGAAUGAUGAACCAAGUGGAUUCAUAUCAGCAAAUCAAAUAGUAGAGAAAGAAACACAAAGUCGUACUUCAGAGACCUCCACUUCUGGAGAUCAGGGUCCUUCACGGCCUAGAAUCAUUAACCCCGCAACUCGUGGAAUGUCAAUUCAAAUGACUGCCCAGAGAACCCUGCACGCGCUAUCUCCACCUGUCAAUCAAAUGGGUCCACCAGCGGCCAUUCUUGGAGGCCUCGGAAGCGGAAGAAACACUACGAAGGAGGUUUCAGGGAAUUUAGGGAAUGAAGGAGGCCUCAAAGGGCCAUGGAGCAGAGAAUCUUUUGAUUUGUUUGGGUCGUGGAGGCCUCCUAUACAACAGUCGUGA